AGGGCUCGGCCGCCAGCGACCGAGCGGGGCCCGGCCCGAGCGGGCCUGGGGGUGCGACGCCGAGGGCGGGGGAGCGCGCGCCGCUGCUCCGGACCGGGCCGCGCGCGCCGCCUCAGGUAAGGAGAUCAGAGCCUUCUUAUUCAGGAUCCAAGCAACCCGGGUGCCUGCCACCUCCCUGGCCGAGCCAUUGUGACUUCUGCAGUUGGAUUUUGUUGUCCAUGCAGGAACCAUCACCAUUGUUAGAACCCGAUAGAAACCCUAGCCGGUUAUUGGACCAUCUCCCUGCAGCCUUGCUACCCACUAGGAACCAGGAACUUUGAAGUGAGGCCGUGUCUCCACUGCAGCCAUGGGGUCUGAGGAUCACGGGGCCCAGAACCCGAGUUGUAAAAUCAUGACAUUUCGCCCAACCAUGGAGGAGUUUAAGGACUUCAACAAAUACGUGGCCUACAUCGAGUCCCAGGGAGCCCACCGCGCAGGCCUGGCCAAGAUCAUCCCCCCGAAAGAGUGGAAGCCACGGCAGACGUACGACGACAUCGAUGAUGUGGUCAUCCCGGCCCCCAUCCAGCAGGUGGUGACGGGCCAGUCAGGCCUCUUCACGCAGUACAACAUCCAGAAGAAGGCCAUGACCGUCGGCGAGUACCGCCGCCUGGCCAACAGCGAGAAGUACUGCACCCCGCGGCACCAGGACUUUGACGACCUGGAACGAAAGUACUGGAAGAAUCUCACCUUUGUGUCACCCAUCUACGGGGCAGACAUCAGUGGCUCCUUGUACGAUGACGACGUGGCCCAGUGGAACAUCGGGAACCUGCGGACCAUCCUGGACAUGGUGGAGCGCGAGUGCGGCACGAUCAUCGAGGGCGUCAACACCCCCUACCUGUACUUUGGCAUGUGGAAGACCACCUUCGCCUGGCACACGGAGGACAUGGACCUGUACAGCAUCAACUACCUGCACUUUGGGGAGCCCAAGUCAUGGUAUGCCAUCCCGCCAGAGCAUGGCAAGCGCCUGGAGCGACUAGCAAUCGGCUUCUUCCCCGGGAGCUCCCAGGGCUGCGAUGCCUUCCUUCGGCACAAGAUGACCCUCAUCUCACCCAUUAUCCUCAAGAAGUAUGGGAUCCCGUUUAGCCGGAUCACGCAGGAGGCGGGAGAAUUCAUGAUCACCUUUCCCUACGGCUACCACGCCGGAUUCAAUCACGGAUUCAACUGCGCAGAAUCUACCAACUUCGCCACCCUGCGGUGGAUUGAUUACGGCAAGGUGGCCACACAGUGCACAUGCCGGAAGGACAUGGUCAAGAUCUCCAUGGACGUCUUCGUGCGCAUCCUGCAGCCGGAGCGCUACGAGCUGUGGAAGCAGGGCAAAGACCUCACGGUGCUGGACCAUACCCGGCCCACGGCCCUGAGCAGCCCCGAGCUGAGCACCUGGAGCGCCUCCCGGGCCUCGCUCAAGGCCAAGCUCCUCCGCAGGCCUGACUUCCUCCGAGGGCAUCUGGAGCCUCACCAUCAGCGCCGUGUGGUCUGGGCCUCGGGCUGUCGUCCGCUCCUGGGAGGUGGGUCCUUUUGCCCUCUCAGGACCACACACUGUCCCUUUCGGGCUUUUGGCUCUUGAUCCUGGGUGCAAGAGCCCUGUUUCUGCAUCUGGGCUGCUUGGCCCUUCUUGGUUCUGAGCGAUGGUGGGAGCCAUGGGGAAGGCCCCCAGCUCCCUGUGCGUGGGCCACACCCCUGCCUCUCAGGUUUUCAGCUGCUUAGUUCUGGCACCUCCUAUAAUAUGUUGCUUGGCUCCGCGGUCAUGGAGGUGAUUGCAGAGACCCGUUUGCUGGAUGCCCUCUGCCACCCCAUUCCAUCACGGGGGCCCCAUUGUGACCCACCUUCCACCUUUUGUGGUCCCUGCCUGUCUGCUGCCUGGUGUCUGGUGAGGAAGGAGGGGGCAGAAGGGCUGCACCCUCUUGGCAUCCGCGCGAGGCCGUGGGGGCACGGGUGGCAGGGCUGUGCUGGGCUGGAGGAGAAGAGGCAGCCUCUCUGUUCUGAUUGCUUUUGUUGUGGGAAGCAUCAGUCUCCGUUGUGCUCUUUCUCUAGGAAAUGUCCAGGCUUUUUGGUGCCAGAGGAAUGGUCAGCAGGCCCUCACUGGGCCUGGGGUGUGGCUGGAAUUGGGGGGGCGGUGCAGAGCAGGUGGCCAACAUCCUGCGUGUAUCUGUGUUAGGGCUUCGAGGGCCUGGUGGGCUCUCCUGUGACCCCUCAGCUCCAGAGAGCCUGCCCCGGACAGUAGAUGUUCCAUAAACAAUGAGCGUGGCAUAUGCUAAAUAAAACUUUUAUUUAUGGACACUGGAGUGGGAAUUCCAUAUUAUUUUCACGUGUCACAAAAUGUUAUUAUUGUUUUAACUUCGGAACCAUUUGAAAAUAGAACCACCACUUGAGCUUAUGGUUAGCGCCAAGACAGGCGGCAGGGUCUCUGGGCCUCUGGUGCAGGCUUCCUCCUGCAGCCGCUUGGUCACUGCUGGCAGGUCUUGGCCGCACUGGCCGCGGACAGCGCCUCCCCUUCCUUGGCGGCACCCCCAUACUCUGUAGAAACUGGGGGAGAGUCAGGCUGGUGGAGCGGUCGUGCUGCCUGCAACCUUCUCUCCCGUGGGGCUGUUUUCCUAUCCAUGCGCCCUCAUUCGCUUGUUCUGCCCACCCCGCGGCCCCUCUCUGAGAAUGUUCUGACCUGCUUUCACCUCUGCUCCCCACAGCCCGUGUGAAGGUGAGUCUCUCUUCUGAUUUCUUUGGUUGUCUCUCCCUUUGAUCCCCCACUCUCCCGUGUAUUCCCCACGCAAAGCACCUUCUUGGUGUGGCCCAUCUGCAGCGCUGAGCGCAGAGGGUGAGCACAGAGCACAGAGCGAGCUUUGCUGACCUGCCAGCUCCCGGCAUUUGCAUAAUGGUUGAUUGGUUUGUGGCUCAGGCUAAUUGGUCAACAGAGCCAACUGCCAAGGAGCUGGGCCUCAUUCCAGGACGGAAUGGGAUUAGAGGCUGACAGGAACCUGCCCGGAGGAUGGGGACCUGGCCGCCGGGCCUUGGCUAAACCUUCUGUGCGCAGGGGAAGAGCUUCAGACUCCCCCUGCCCCCUCAUCCUGCUGCACGGCUCCUGUCUGGAGUGUCCCUCUCCCCUCCACCCCUCUUUUGUGCCAGCCUGGAACUGAAUAACAGGUAUUUCAGUGUUCCCAAAGACAUAAUCUUCCUUAUAGCCUUUAGCGUGUAGAGUAAAGCAGAUUCCCCUCUUUUUAAAAAAGUCACUUGGAGGGGGGCUUUCUCUAAAGAGGCUGACUGGGGACUCACAUUUGAAGGCCCAAGGCCAGGCUGCCCCCCACCCCCCGUCGCAAUGGCAGUGGCCCUCAGAAGUCCGUUGUGACUUUCUCUCCUGGCCACACGGCCAACCUGCUCUCGAAUUGCUGUGCCUGGUCUCCGAGGCUGCCCGCUCCCCUGAGCCUCCCUUGUGGGAGGUUUGGUUAUGGGGGAGCAGUAGCGUUACCUGAGCAUCCUGGCUUGGGCCAGAUGUGGGGGUAGGAUCUUCCCUGGGCACUGCUGACUUCCUCUGUGGGUGGCCCUCCCAGGCACUGUAAGGGGUUGAGCAGCAUCCCUGACCCCACCCACUCAAUGCCAGCUCGACCCCUUCCCCCAGUGUGACAACACCGACAUCCCCAGACAUCUCCUAAUGCCCCUGCCCAAGGACUUGGCAUUGGGGUGGGCUUGCUGCCUGCUGCCCCCGCUCCCCCCAUGUCCCUGCGCAGCCUCGCCUCCUCCGGGACACUGCGCCAGCUCCCUGGUCCUUGCUCAGAUGGGCUCAGCCAGGCCCCCCAGCCCUGCCCCUCGAGGACCCAUCCUUCCAGACAGCCCCCUGCCCCUUGCCCCACGUGUCAUCUCAGGGCAGAGACGAUUGUUGGCCCCUCUGGGAGAAAACGAUGCCUUCCCGUGGAUGUUCUGUCCACACCUGAAGCUGACUCCAUCCCGUGGCAAACAGGGCCCAUAACCUGUGACCUUCUUGUCCUUGCCGUGUGACCCCUGCCCAGUGCUCAGUGGAGCCUGGCUCUCUGCCUGUGUCUUCAGCAAGUUCCCCCUCCCCGCUCCUGCCCGAACAGCCCUUUGCCAUAUGUAGACUGUCUUUCCUCUCGUCUCCUGAUUAUUUCCAGCGGGAGCUUUAAGGAGCGCUCUGCGUCGCCCACGUGUUCCAGCAGGUGUGUGUUCUGCACCCCGUGCAGAGCAGCUGAGCAGCUGCUGCUGCAGCCUCCACGCUUGGAGCAGAGGGUAGUGGGAAGACGUGACAUGCUCCUCCGCAUCCGCAGGGCCAUCCUACGUGGGCGGCCAGAGCCUGCCAGCCCUGCUCGCCUCCCCUUGCAGCUCCCACUUGCCACCUUUCCGCCCGCAUUCCUCAUUUACCACGGAAACGAGGAGCCCAAGAGCCAGGGAGCGGAUCCCCACCCACUUGGCCCGCCUUCAGACCCAAGAAGGGCCGACCUGGUCUCCCCUCUCCUCCCCGUGCCUGAUGCUCCGGCCAGGCUGGACACCAGUGCCUGCCUCUUACCCCGCUCCCGCUGGGCACCCUGACCUUGCUGGUCCCCGAGCCCACCACCCUGCUCAGCCCCUGGCUGCUCAGAAGGGGCUUGCCAGCGCCCAUGGCCCCAGGAGCUUGUCCCUGUGACUUCCCCAGAAUAUGCUUGGUGGUUUCUCAAAGGUGAUACCCACUCAAGGACACACCUACUUUCCAUGGGGUUGGCAACCCUGGGAGGAAGGGACUGUGACUCUGGGCAGGGCCGCUGGAGAGUCAGAACUCCUGGACAACAGCCCCGCCUUGGGGUGCCUGAGGGGCUCUGAGCCCUGGGACCCUCAGUGAGCCCUCGACUCUGCCCUGCCUGCCACCUGAGAUCUAAGCAUACCUGCUUCCAUCUUGGGAAUACUAGGGUAAGGAUUUGGUUCCUGUCAUCUUAACCAAGUGACAUCCUAUUAGGCCUGGCAGGCGAAGUGCGCAUGUAUCUCCACCCUCCCCAGAAAUGCCACAAAAAAACAACUAUAAAGGAGGAACAGAGAAAAUGAGGGGGUGAGGAGUAGACUUUGAAGUAAGGAAAAGAUAAGCCAGUGAGGAGUUCCCUGGUGGCUUGGCAGGUUAAGGAGCUGAUGUUGUCACUGCCAUGGCUCUGGUUGCGGCUGUGGCACAGGUUCCAUCUGGCCCAGGAACUUCCACAUGCUGUGGUGAGGUUAAAAAAAAAAAAAGGAAAAGAUGGGCAAGUAACACUUGGCUUUGCAGCACAGAGAAAACUUGCAUCCAUGGGCCUACAGAUGGAGAGUGGGCUGGUUCCUGCCACAAGGCCUGGGAUUCAAGACACGGGCACCUCCUGGGACGGAGACUGCAAUGGAUGGGGGGCAGGUGAGGGAGGAACUGCUGGGCUCGGGCCCCCUCCCACUACCCCAUCUCCCAGCAGAAGGUGGUGGCCCCGCUCCGGGGUGAGGUCGAACCUGGCAGCCUUGUGUAUCCCCAACCCCAGGGCCAGGUCAGAGCAGCCCAACAGAACAGACCAUAGAUGGGACAUCGAGGAUCCUCUCUGAUGUGACAAGAGUCCCUGCUCUUCCUGUCCCCUUCUACCAGCGCUGCUCACACAGCCACCCCCAAGCAUUGUAGUCCCUUGUACAUCACAGCCAAGGGGGUCCCUAAACCUCUGAGGAAACUCAGAGUGAAAGGCAAUCUCAAACACAAAAGGAAAGCAGGACCCCAGGGAAGGGGCCAUGCAGGGAGUGAAAGAAAACCUAUUUCUCCUCCCAAAGGGGAGGUGACUUGGCAUUUAUGGAAGAAGACCCUGUGUAUUUUAAAAAAAAGACUUUUAGGAAAGGGAUGGCUCUUGGACAUUUCAGCAAGAGCAAAGAAAUCUAAGAGGCGAGUUGAGAGACGGCUCGAGGAAUCUACAGCGUAGACAUUUCACAGCUCGGGUUAAACAGAAGUUCCUGAAGCUUCUGGAAUGAACAAACAGAUCAACAUAAAGAACCAGGGGACUAGGAGUUCCCUGGUGGUCUUGUGCUUAGGAUUCUGUGCUUUCACCACUGCAGCCCAGGUUCCAUCCCUGGUCUGAGAACUGAGAUCCCACAUCAAGCCGCUGUAUGCUGUGAUCGGAGGGAAAAAAAAGAACAAGGGACCAAAAAGGAACCAGACUUGGUGAUCAUGAUGCUGCAAGCUAAUAGACAAAGGACAAGGGCUCAAAGGUCAGAAGAACGAUCAUUUCAGCCCAGACGUGUACACUCAGCCAAAAUACCAGCCACAUAUGGGAGGAGAAUAAAAAUCAUUUUAGACAAGCAAAGUCCCAUGUUUCCCCUCCUUUCUGAGAAGGCUGCCAGAGGAUGUUCCCCAGCCAAACAAGGGCAUCAACCAACAAAGACAUGGGAUCAAGGAAAUCGGAUCCAACCCAGGAGAGUCCAAGGCAGUCUCAAGAUAAGGGCAGGCCCCAGGGUGUCAUUGAGGAGCCAAGGAGUCCACAUUGGGAGCUGGGAGAUAACCAAGAAAGCCAAGCUUCUGAGAGAGGUCACUAACUCUGGUUACUAACUCCAGGAAGAGCAAGCAAAGAGUGCCAUGCAAGCAACUCUGUUGCUUGGGGAUGAGCAAUUUUACGGGUUAAGAAAAAUGUAACAUGGAAUUUUGCCACAACCGAAGAUGGUGGCAGAUGCAGAGAGAGAAGCCAGGAGGGGUAGAGGCAGGCAGCCUAAGUGUCUGGGCUGGCAACUCAUCAGAGAAGCCAGAACCAAAAAAUGAAACAGUAGCAGCGUGAGGAGACACAGGGAAAAUGCAAGAAGAAAUGGCUAAAAGAGGGAACGGUGUUGCGUCUAGAGAGUGGGCCCAGCGGAUGCGUUUAUGGCCAGGCUGUGACAAGGGUGUGUAAGGCCGACACUCCUUCCGCCAGCUGUCAGCAACCACUUAUUUCCCAGCUUAUGUUGUCACGAAACAGAGUCUUCUUUGCAUUUGGAUGUUCAGGCUGCUUUCUCCUUUGAGGUUGGACAUGGUCCCUGGUCUACGUCUCUGUGCCUAGGUGCCCCCAUUCUGAGCGGGGAGGGGGACCCUGCAUUAGCAAGGCCUGGCAGCUACUAGGGCUUUGGUGCUGGUGCUUGGGGUUAGGAGUUUGGUGUGUUGGGGGCCAAGGAAGGCCUGAGCUCUCUGGAAACCCUGAGAGCAGGUGGGGCAGGGUCAGAAGUGGCCUCAGGGCCGGUUCCUCUGGGUCGCGGGAAACUGAGGCCAGGUGAGUUGGCAGUAGGAAGACGCCUUCUGCUGGGUGCUGCCUGGGGCCAGUGAGGGGGGGUUCACCUGUGGGCACCUAGCCCUGCAGCAUCCCUGGAUCUGGAGACAAGCCUCUGGGUGACAGCCCAGAGCUUCCCAUCUGUCUCUCUAAGUCGGGACUGUACCUGGCAUUUCCCAAGCUCACCCAGCGUGAGGAGGGUCCCCGGGGAGGCCUGAGCCUCUCGUGCCCUCUCCCGCCCCCCAUCUGUUCCCAACCCACCCCACCCUGCCCCCCCACACCCGUCCUCCCACACCCCUCCCCUCGCAGUGAGCCUGCAUGACAUGCUGUGUGUGGUGCCAUGCCUCUGCCCAUGAUGCGCCCUCCCUGGAAUGCUCCCUGCUUUCUCCCUUCGGUCAUCAGGGUGGUCCAUGCUGCAGACAUCAAGUAGGGCUUGUCAUGUGCCAGGCAUUGCCUGGGCUCAGGUCACCGAGCAGCCACAAGCCAGGGGCCCCCGAGGUAGGCAGCUGAGCAGCGAAGGACCAGCAGUGGUUAGUGGUUAGGGUUAGGGGCUGGUUAGAAGGAGGCACCCCAGGAGCCAGCAGCGUCAGGCAGGGAGGCAGCAAGGAGGCUGUCAGGUCCCAGCAUCCUGCAGGGAAGGCAGAGGUGCUGCAGACGCCCCUGGGGGAGGUGGCUCCAGUCGGUCGGCCCUGCUCCUCCUUAGCGAGCACUUGAUCCUUGGAGGUGCAGCUGCCAGGGACUCCGCAGGGUCUCCUGUAAGGUCUUAGUGUCUGACCCCACUGGGGCCGCAUAGAGAGCUCCCCAGGGGAGGGCAGCCCCAGCCAGUGCCAAAAACCCUCCCCCAAAAGCUAACACUCUCAGCUGCCUUGGCUAAGAGUGUCCUGGUGACAGCCUGUGGCUGUCCUGGUGCCCCACCUAGGGCUAAGACUCUCCACGCUGACCCGGCUUUUGCCCCUGCUCCCUGGCCGGUCACUCACCUCCUGAGACCUAAAAGCCACUGUCCCCUCCCUGGAAAGGCACUGGACUGGCAGGGAUGCCCGCCACUAACCUGCCGCCCACCCCUCUUUAUCGCUUUCCUUUCUUUUUUAACUCUGAUUCCUCCCCCCCUCGAUUUUCCCUCGUUUUCACUAAGAAGCCACAGCUCAGCCUCAGCAGGGAGUCUCCCUUGGGGCCCAAGGGGUGCCCUCUCUUUGGGGACUGUCACACCCGGAGCCCGGCCCCGGCCUGGAGGCCGCGUGGGCAGUGGGUGAGGAGGGCUUGGGUGCAGCUUAGAGAAGCGGCCGCCGCGGGCUCUGGGCUCGGAGCCGCUGCGCGUGGAGAGGACGCAGGGAGUGCGGGCCGGGGCGAGGCCCCUCGGCGAGGCGUCUGGGGCAGUUAACGCGAGUCCUAGAGAAAAACCCCCUGACAUUUACA